GUCUCCCUUGAAGGGGGUUUGGUACUGGAGAAAGUAGCCGCUGUCAUUUUCCAUUUUCUAGGUCGAUCAGAGAAGCUAGCCCCCGCUGAAGAGGCUGUAAGGAGCGGAUAACAACCAUGGGGGCUGUCCAUGCUAAGAGUCUGGAUACCCUCCCGAUGCAUGGCCGGGACUUUGGUGUCAAUCCUGAUGAUAUGGUGGAGACUCCAGAACCGGAGCACGAGGCAAAGCAGGAGAUACUGGAAAAUAAAGAUGUGGUGGUUCAACAUGUCAACAUUCAGGGUCUUGGAAGAACUAAAGAGGAUCUGCUCGGCUAUGAGAUCUCUGACGUCUUCCAUGCCAAAAAUCUCAUUGAUGUGAUGAAAAAAGCUCACCUUGCCAGGCAGAAGCUGCUCCGCCUGGGAAUCUUCAAUGAGGUGGAGGUUCUAAUCGAUACGUCUGAAGGUAAAGAUGCUCUGCCCAACGGUCUAGAUGUAACUUUUGAGGUGAAAGAGAUCAAGAGACUGACAGGAAGCUACAACACCAUGGUUGGCAACAAUGAAGGAAGCAUGGUACUGGGUGUGAAACUGCCCAACACGUUAGGUCGAGCUGAGAAACUCACCUUCCAGUUCUCAUAUGGCACCAAGGAGACAUCCUACGGCCUGUCCUUCUUCAAGCCCCAGCCGGGAAAUUUUGAACGCAACCUCGUUCUCAACAUGUACAAAGUUACCGGUCAGUUCCCCUGGAGCUCCUUAAAAGAGACUGACAGAGGCAUGUCGGCAGAACUAAACUUUCCUCUCGGGGUGACUAACCACACGCUGAAGUGGGAGGGUGUAUGGAGGGAGUUGGGCUGCCUGGCACGCAGCGCUUCCUUUGCCGUACGAGAGGAGAGUGGACACUCACUGAAAUCUGCCCUCAUGCACACUGUGUCGAUCGAUUCAAGGAAUUCUGCCAUUUUCCCUAGCAGAGGGGCCUUACUCCGGAUCAACCAGGAGCUGGCCGGCUACACAGGAGGAGAUGCCAGCUUCUUGAAAGAGGAUUUUGAGCUACAGCUCAACAGACGCCUCUUCUGGGACUCGGUCUUGUCUGCUUCUCUGUGGGGAGGGGUGCUUUGUCCCAUUGGAGGACAAUCAUCCUGUAUCGCUGACAGGUUCUACCUUGGAGGUCCCACCAGUGUGCGAGGAUUUGGGAUGUACAGUAUUGGACCACAGAGUGAAGGUGAUUAUCUGGGUGGAGAGGCGUACUGGGCUGGUGGCCUGCACCUCUACACACCUCUACCCUUCAGACCAGGCAAGGGUGGUUUCGGAGACCUUUUCAGGACCCAUUUCUUUCUCAAUGCCGGCAACCUCUGUAACCUCAACUACGGUGAAGGUCCCCGGGCACACCUUCAGAAACUAGCUGAGUGUAUCCGCUGGUCAUACGGAGCAGGCAUCGUGCUACGCCUUGGAAACAUCGCCAGACUGGAGCUCAACUAUUGCGUGCCCAUGGGAGUGCAGAGUGGAGACAGGAUAUGUGACGGAGUCCAGUUCGGAGCAGGAAUUCGCUUCCUGUAACCUCGUCACUCCGCUGAUCUCAGUCCUCCAGCAAAGGCCUUGCUGCGAAAAGGGAAAAGAUUUUGUUGUUAAUCAAGUUUUACUUGUAGAAUAUGUGACACAUGAGUAAUAUGUCCUGGGGAAAUGUGCCUGAGCCCCCCCAACCCACCUUUGAUUCUGCAAACUGUCACAGCAUGUCAGCGUUUCUCUUCAGCUGACUAUUCAAUUGUGGCUUUAUUUUAAUUUGAGCCACUGAUCCAUUCACCGGGGUUUGAAAUCUCCAGCAUUGGCACAUUGUCCCUUCAAAGUCAGGUACCAGUGAUGUCACCCACUGUUUCCUAUGGUGAUACAAAGUAAUUUAUUUACUGACGUUGAAGAGAUUUUGGGCAUGUUCCCAGUUUGCCUUCCAGGUUGUUUUUUUUUCCAGCAGCAUGACUUGAGGUUAGUGUCCACUGCACUCUCUAUGACUUAGGUUCAGUUGUACUGUGUAAAUUGAAUGAUUAAAGCAGAGAGGGAAUGAACAACCAUGUAGGAUAGGAGUCGACCCUCAUGCCAAAGUGGAUUGUUCAAAUAAUGUCAGAUGUGAAGAAUGAUGGUUUGAGUUGCUGCCACUCCCAGACCCCUCCCCCUUCCCCACCACCAUGACCUUCCACACCCUGAGCAACAUCUACCACCAGUGCUCUUAACUAUAGUCCUCUUUUUGAUGUUGUUGAAGCUCUUCACAAAUAAACACUUAAAACUUUA